UGUGUGUGUGUAUCAUGUGGUGUUCUGUGUUGUAAAGAAUUAAAAUUCUUCAAAAGAUUUUUUUUUUUUUUUUUUUGACGAUGAAUUCUUCAAGAUUUCUUAGGCUUGCUUCAUCAUCGUCGGCAAAGUAUGGCCAUUUUAUGACAACAAUAUCACCGAAAAUUACUAGGAAACCAUUGGCUUUGAUUGUAUCGGCUACAAAUGAAAAUUUAUCAAAACAAAUUAUUCGAUUACCGGAAAAACACCGUGAAACUUUUGCCGGCGAUAAUGGAGCUGAGAAUAAUAAAUUGCCUAUAUUAGAUUUCCAUCCAUCUACUCACCCUUUAUAUUGUGCUGCAUUAUCAUUACAUUUGAUGAUCAAUUCAAAUGCUACGAUUUCAAUUGAAAAUUUCAUAAAUCCAUUGAUUACUUGGAAUCCUAAAUAUAAUAAUGAUAAAAUUAUAAUUCAAUCACCAUUUUCUAAACAAAAUGAACCAAUUAUUUGUCCAACAACGAUGAAUAAUGUAUCAACAGAAAAACGUGCCGAUUAUUAUAAACACAAAGAUCCGAAUCGUUUCACUCAUCUAACCUGGGUACGACAUCGUAAAAUGAAAAAACAUCAACGAAAAAAAUGGCGAAAAAAGAAUUUAGCCAUGAUUAAACGUCGUAUACUUGAAAGAAAUAUUGCCAAGGAAAAACAAUUUCGUGCCGAAAUUUUGGCACAAAUCAAAGAAGCCGAAGAAUUUGAUCCACAAUCAUAUGUACAGAAUAUUUUGUAUACAAUCGAUAAUGUUCCACAGGCCGAAACAAAACAACAAAGAUAUGAACGUUAUAUGGAUUUGAUACGAAAAAAUCGUCAACAAACACAUCUUACUAUGCCUAAAUUUGAAAAAAUUGAUUGAGAAAAAAAAAUAUUUGUUUGUAAUUAAAUAAAAAAAAAAUUACUAGUUAA